AAAGGAAUUGGAUCUGACCCAGUCAGAAUGGAGAUGGUGAGAAUCAAGGCCCAUUCAUUCUCACUGCAGCCACAAAAAAGUCAGUAAAAUGACACGAGGAAUGCAGUUGGCCCAUACAAUAUUAAGAUGAAAGAAAGAUGAAGAGUGCAAUGUGCACGUCACACCCUCUGAGGCUGAGAUUGGCCCAUUGAUCAAAGACCAUGAGGAAAACAGCUCCAGCCAAAGGAGGACAUAGCAAGGCAAUCAAGUUUGUUUGGCAACUAAUUAGGACCUCCAUCACAAACAGCAUCGCAGAUCCUCCAGGCAGUCCUAGGAACUGUAUAAAAGUGCUCACAACUCAGGGCUCUUCUAAUCAUUUCUCCGGACUUCAUCUCCUCGGUAAGCUCGGUUUACCUCCAUCCCAGAAAGAUGAGUUUCUCCAGCCUGUGCUAUCCAGAAUGUGGAGUGGCCCGGCCCUGUCCGGUCACUGGUACCUGCAACGAGCCGUGCGUUAGGCAGUGCCAAGACUCUGAAGUGAUCAUCAGACCCUCACCAGUUGUCGUGACCAUACCAGGACCCAUUCUCAGCAAUUUCCCUCAGCACAGUGCAGUGGGAGCUGUAGGAGCACCUGUGGUCGGACCCGGUUACGGAGGCUCAUUCGGUUGGGGGGGCUAUGGAGGCCAUUACGGAGGAUUGUAUGGCUUAGGGGGAUACGGCGGUUACGGCGGCCAUUAUGGUUAUGGGGGAUUAUGUGGUUAUGGGGGACACUGCGGUUACCUAGGCGGUUAUGGUUAUGGGGGAUUAUGUGGUACUGGGGUAUCUUGCCAUAGGUACCUCAGUGGAAACUGUGGGCCAUGCUAAACCCAGCAGGAACAUCCAUGGAAGAAGGAAGAACCAGGAAAUGAACAGCCAGAUACGGAUUCACCCCUUUCCUUUUGGGCAUGGCUUUCGGAAGUGCUGGGCAAACAGGGCUCCAGCUGAACUCAGUGGGAGCUGUGUGUGCUCAGCACCUUGGGCUGACAGCCAUGCUGCCUUUCUAAUGUUACGCUUUAUGACUCUUUCUGCCAAGGCUUUCCCACCCGUGUGCUGAUUCUCGCUUUCACCUGUGGACUCAAUCUGAAUUAGACGCAGCCUGUUUACACUGACCCCGCUGUGUAAAGGAAACAGGGGCCUUAAGACAGAUAUCAGUUACAUUUGUUGUUAGUUAAGUCCCUUUAGAAGGGAAAAAGAGACCUUGGUGUCAAGGAGAAUUAGGCCCCACAUGUUCUAUCCUUUCCAUCAAUAUGUAUCUUUAGCAGCUCACUUUGACCUUUUCUGAGGCCGACAUAUAGGGAAAAGUUGCCUAAUUCUCUGCUUUUAUUUUGUUUUGUCUCAUUUCCCAACCACUGGGGUAAAACAAGGACCUUAAAAUGGUUGUAAAGGAGACUUGUUUGUCAACCUCUGCAGCUGCACCAAUGCAAGCAGAACAUCUUGUCUGAAAUACACCCACUGAGGCCUGCGAUCGGUCAUGGCCCUUCUUGAAACACUGGAAAUACAUUCUUUCUGCUCUGUAGUAUUACUUCUGUAACUGUGUACUGCCAAUUUCAUUUGCAUUAAAAACUCUGCUG